AUGCCUUUCUAUACAUGUGUUUCCCCUAAAAAGCUUAUUGCUUUUCUACGAUCUGAUCACCGGUUUCUAUCUCUGCCGCAACUCCGGUCACACGCUUCUUCUUCCAUGUUAACGAUGAAGAAGGUAACAAAGAAGGUCGGGAAAUAUGAGAUUGGUCGAACAAUUGGUGAAGGCACAUUUGCAAAGGUCAAGUUUGCGAAAAACACAAAGACUGGUGAGGUUGUUGCUGUUAAGGUUCUGGCUAAAAGCACAAUACUGAAGCAUAAAAUGGUGGAUCAGAUUAAAAGAGAGAUCUCCAUUAUGAAGAUAGUGAGACAUCCCAAUAUCGUGAGACUGCAUGAGGUUUUGUCAAGCCAUACAAAGAUAUAUAUAAUACUGGAAUUUGUCACUGGAGGAGAGCUUUUUGACAGAAUUGUUCACAAACGAAAGCUCUCAGAGAAGGAAGCCAGGGGAUACUUUCAACAACUUAUCGAUGCAGUUGCCCAUUGCCAUUCCAAGGGUGUCUACCAUAGGGAUUUAAAGCCUGAAAAUCUCCUUAUUGAUUCCAAAGAAAGGCUAAAGGUUUCAGAUUUUGGACUCAGUGCACUCCCACAAGAAGGUGUUGAACUUUUAUAUACCACUUGUGGAACACCAAAUUACAUCGCACCAGAGGUUUUAAGAAAACGCGGAUAUGAUGGUGGGGCUGCUGAUAUCUGGUCAUGUGGAGUCAUCCUGUAUGUCCUAUUAACCGGAUAUCUUCCAUUUGAGGAGUCAGAUCUUCCAACUUUGUAUAAAAAGGUCAGUGCUGCUGAGUUUUCAUAUCCUUUCUGGUUCGCUUCUGGUGCAAAGUCAUUACUAGACAAGAUUUUGGAUCCCAACCCUCAAACUCGUAUUCGAAUUGAUGGAAUAAGGGAGCAUCCAUGGUUCCAAAUGAACUAUGUAUCAAUCAGUCAGGGUGAAGAAGGUGAUGCGAGUUUGGAUGAUGUUCGUGCAGUUUUUGAUGACAUUGAGGAUGAAUAUGUAAUGGAAAGAUCGGAGGAGAAAGUUGCGCCUUUAACAAUGAAUGUGUUUGAGAUGAUCACUCUCUCUCAAGGACUGAAUCUAUCUGCCUUAUUUGAUAGACGUCAGGAUCAUGUAAGACGACAAACUCGUUUUGUUUCCUGUAAGCCUGCUAAAGAUAUAAUUUCAGCAAUCACAACAGUUGCUGAACUGUUGGGUUUUAAGGUCAUUAGACGUGGCUACAAGACUAGACUCGAGGGUGCAUCCGUGAAUCGUGCUGGACAGUUUGCUGUUGUUUUAGAGGUGUAUGAAGUGGCAACAUCUAUUUUCAUGGUGGAUGUUCGAAAGGCUGCUGGAGAUACUCUUGAAUACCAUAAGUUCUAUAAGGAUUUUUGUGGUAAACUCGACCAUAUCAUAUGGAAGCCAAAAGAGGGACUACCAAACUCUUCUAUAUACAAAACAAUGACGUGCUGACCCAACAAAUAUAUAUAUAUAUAGUGUUGUACAACAUGCUAAGUGUAUAUACAUACGUUUUGUAUAUAGUAGAUCAAAGACGUGACUAUAGAAUAAAUACUGAAGAGAUGAGAUCAGAUUGGGUUAUUAAGAUCUUUGGGUCGUAGUAUAAUAUAAUAAGAAUUGGAAUGAAUAUGUUGAAAUAAAGAAUUCAAUUUUUAAGGGAUAUUUAUUUAAACAUUUAUCCAAUAGUUUAUGUGUAUCUAAAAUAACUAAUUUUAAAAUCACCCGUUUAUUGUAAACCAUGUUUUUAAAGAGUUUUGUAUUUAUACAAGACAUUAAUAGAAUUAACAUUGUGUUUCCUAUGAUAUCCAAAAUAUGGUGUAAAAUGUGAGGAUCCAACUUCUGUAUCUUUAUUAAAGUUAAAUAACAAGUCCAAAAGCAUCCAAAGUUUCAACCCAGAAUUGAGUGCCACCACUACUCCCACAAGACUCAUACUCAAACUUAAAAGUGUUUUUUGUUUUGUUUUGUUUUGUUUUCAUUAAGGUCAGGUAUGGUCAACAUUAAAGAUGUUUUUACAUCAUAAAUAACAACUUAC